AUGGACCCGACCAACCUCUUUGACACUCAAUUCGUCGUCAGCCAGAUCGACCCAGAUGGCAAGAAGUUUGAUAGAGUCUCGCGUAUUAUCGCAACAUCGCCAUCGCUUGACAUGACGCUGUCGAUCGACAUUGCCACCGACAUCUGGCCUGUCACUGAAGGACAACAGCUCACAUUCCAGCUUGCAUCGACACUGAAAAAGGAGACGUCAUCAGCAAAGCCCGACGGUGUUGAUGGAGAGACGCAAGACGCAGCAGCACAGGCGGCAGAACGCGAUGCUUGGAGGCUCGAUCAGCCGGGCAACGGCGGUAUCGCCGAUGAUUUCGACUACGUCAUGUACGGAAAGAUCUACCGAUACGACGAAAAGGUGGCAGACGAGGUGACGGUAUACGGUUCUUUUGGUGGCUUGAUGAUGGCGCUCACCGGCAACUUUAGGCAUAUGAGCAAUAUCACCAUUGGCUCCAAUGUGUACUUGCUAAUGCGCUAA